UGUGCUUCGCAGACGGCGGAGCUGAGCAAAGAGGUGGCAGUGAGCACUGAGACUCUGCAGAUGUCCAGGUGUGAGAUUGGAGACAUCAAAAGAACUCUGCAGACUCUGGAGAUUAUAAACUGCAGGCUAAGAGCAAAAGCAGCUCUGGAGGGGACUCUGGCCGAGACCAGCAGUCGCCACGUCACCAUACUGGCAGGUUACCAGAGGCAGGUGGAGGCUCUAGAGGAGCAGCUGACCCAGCUGAGGGCCGACCUGGAAAACCAGAGGCUCCAGUACACCAACCUGCUGGACUUGAACACCAGACUGGAGUUGGAGAUCAAAGAGUAUAGGAGGCUGCUGGAUGGAGAGAGCGAGAGGUGUGUGCAUUCUGAUUUAUAAGUUAUAGUUCAGUGUGUUUUUAGAACAGUUUCCUAUUUCAUAUGUGUAAGAUGAUGGCAUUUCAUCAUCUGCUGAGCGAGACGGCCUGUAAUGCUGUAUGAAUUUGUCAAAAGUCCCACUGACAU